AUGUCUUGGAUGUUGCCCGACACGAACAGUCGAUUGCAGAUGAGGGGUUUCAGUUUCGGAUGCAAGGGAAAUGACCAAACAGUUGUUGGCAACGGUUCGUUGAGCUACAAGCAGAGCCGCCGAGACCGAUUUAAAACAAGGCGGGAAUUGACUCGCAAUAAAAUUCUACUGAGCGAAGAUGUGAGCGUGUCAACAAUGAUGCUGAGAGAGGAUGAUCGUUGUUGUGUGACAAUAUCAGACCGACAUGGAUGGCACCGCCAGAUUGGCGAUUUAGGUGCUGGCUUUGACACAAUAGCCGUGCUUCUGGGUCUUUUGAUCACAUGA